AUGUUGCUACCGCGGAGAAGUAUACUGAGAGAAACUAAGAAGUUACCGUUAUGCAUGGAGGAUUUUAAAAAGAUUCGAAGGUUACUACAGUAUUUACUUCACAUAACGUCGUUCUCAUUUUCUUUUCAGGCGGAACCGUUUAUGAACGGUACAUCUUCAGUCUACAUUGAGCAGAUGUAUGAAGCAUGGCAGAAAGAGCCCUCAUCAGUUCAUCCUUCUUGGAAUGCCUAUUUUCACAAUGUUGAACGAGACUUACCACCUGGACAGGCUUAUUCUUCACCACCAAAAGCGCUCUACGCAGCACGUCCUCAUUUACUUCCAUCUGAAGCUGGCUUUUCAUAUAAAAUUAAGCCUCAAACAGGCUCAUCUUUGUCGGAUAUAGAAGAUCAUCUCAAAGUCCAACUUUUGAUCAGAAGUUAUCAGACGCGAGGUCACAACACAGCUGAUUUAGAUCCUUUAGGGAUUAACAAUGUGAACUUAAACGACACAACACCUCCUGAAUUAGAGCUGUCGUUUUAUGGCUUCAAAGAAACUGAUAUGGAGAAGGAAUUUCGUUUACCCAUGUCAACAUUUAUUGGUGGUGACAAAAAAUCUCUGAAACUAAGAGAUAUUAUAAAACGUUUGGAGACAAUAUAUUGCUCACAUACGGGAGUUGAAUAUAUGCAUUUGACUAAUUUCGAACAAUUGGAAUGGGUUCGUAAAAAAUUUGAAGAACCUCUUGUAUCCGAACUCACAAAUGAACAGAAAAAAACACUUUUCAAAAGACUGAUACGGUCUACAAAGUUUGAAGAAUUUUUAGCUAAAAAGUGGCCAAGCGAAAAGCGUUUUGGUCUUGAAGGUUGCGAAGUUUUGAUACCUGCUGUUAAACAAGUGAUUGAUUCGUCUAGUGCAGCUGGUGUAGAUUCUGUUGUGAUUGGCAUGCCUCAUCGGGGACGACUGAAUAUUCUCGCAAAUGUCUGUCGCCAACCUUUACCAAUUAUUUUUUCUCAGUUUUCUGCAUUAGAAGCAGCUGAUGAAGGGUCAGGUGAUGUGAAAUAUCAUCUCGGUAUCUGCAUUGAGCGCAUUAAUCGAGUUUCCCAAAAGAAAAUUAAAAUUGCUGUUGUUGCAAAUCCAUCGCAUCUUGAAGCUGUCGGUCCUGUUGUCUUGGGAAAAGUUCGUGCAGAAUCAUUUUAUACAGGAGAUAAAGAUGGUGAUCGUUCUAUGGCUAUUUUGAUGCAUGGUGAUGCAGCAUUUUCAGGACAAGGUGUCGUUAUGGAAACAUUUAAUCUUGAUCACUUGAAAGCUUAUACUACUCAUGGAACAAUCCAUAUUGUCGUUAAUAACCAGAUUGGCUUCACAACUGAUCCAAGAUGUUCACGAUCAUCUCCCUAUUGUACAGAUAUAGGGCGUGUUGUGGGGUGUCCAAUAUUUCAUGUUAAUAGUGAUGAUCCAGAAGCAGUUAUGCAUGUUUGCAAAGUUGCUGCUGAUUGGCGUAAAACUUUCAAAAAGGAUGUUAUAAUUGAUUUGGUAUCCUAUCGUCGUUAUGGACACAACGAACUUGAUGAACCGAUGUUUACACAGCCAUUGAUGUAUCAGCGUAUUAGAAAAUUACAGCCAGUUCUUGGAAUUUAUCAAAAGCAGAUUUUAACGGAAGGCAUUGCUGAUGAAAAAUAUAUAAAGGAUGAAGUAGAAAAAUAUAAUGCCGUAUUAGAAGAUGCGUACGACAAGGCACAGAAGGUGACAUUUCUUCGUAACAGAGAUUGGAUUGAUUCUCCGUGGGAUGAUUUUUUCAAGAAACGUGACCCACUGAAAGUACCAGAAACUGGUGUUCGGAAAGAAAUUAUUGAACAGAUAAUUGAGAAAUUCUCAUCUAUCCCACCAGAUUUUAAUCUUCAUCGGGGCUUGGAGAGAAUACUGAAGGGGCGACGUCAAAUGCUUAAGGAAAACAGUUUUGAUUGGGCAAUGGGAGAAGCUGUUGCAUUUGGGUCCCUUCUUCUCGAAGGGAUACAUGUUAGAUUGUCUGGACAGGACGUUGAAAGAGGAACAUUUUCGCAUAGGCAUCAUGUGUUGCAUGAUCAAAAAAUCGAUCAAAAGACAUAUAAUCCGUUGAAUGAUUUGUCGAAUACACAAGCAGAAUAUUCAGUAUCGAAUUCGUCGCUUUCUGAAUAUGCAGUUCUCGGUUUCGAGCUUGGUUACUCAAUGGUAAAUCCCAAUUCGCUAGUUGUAUGGGAAGCUCAAUUUGGGGAUUUCGCAAAUAAUGCUCAGUGCAUCACGGACCAAUUUCUAUCCUCGGGUCAGGCCAAAUGGAUUCGACAGUCUGGGCUGGUGAUGUCAUUGCCACAUGGUUAUGAAGGGAUGGGCCCGGAACAUAGUAGUGCACGUUUGGAACGCUAUCUGCAGAUGUGUAAUGAAGAUGAUGAAAUCGAUAUUGAGAAAACUGCAUUUGGUCCUACUUUUGAAUCGCAGCAGCUGUACGACACAAACUGGAUUGUAACAAAUUGCACCACACCCUCUAAUGCCUGCCAUGUAUUAAGACGACAAAUAGCAUUGCCUUUUAGAAAACCACUGGUCAUAAUGUCACCAAAAUCACUUCUCCGUCAUCCUUUGGCACGUUCUUCUAUAGAAGAUUUUCUGCCUGGUACCAGGUUUCAGAGAGUGAUUCCAGAAAGUGGCUGUGCUAGUGAAACUCCAGAUAAAGUGGAGCGUUUGGUAUUUUGUACUGGAAAGGUGUACUAUGAUUUAAUAUCUGCGAGGAAACAUCUGAACCUAGAACCACGUAUUGCAAUAUGUCGCAUCGAGCAAAUAAGUCCAUUCCCGUACGAUUUAGUUGACCAAGAAUGCCGCAAAUACAGCGUCGCAGAACUUAUUUGGGCACAGGAAGAGCACAAAAAUAUGGGCGCGUGGGGGUUCAUCCAUCCUAGAUUUGAAGGGCUUUUAACGAAACUGUUGCGUUACCAUUUGCCAACUUCAUGUGAUUUCGAAGCUUUCAGGCAGGGAAGAAUGCUCACAUAUGCGGGACGGAAGCCUGAGGCUUCGGUAGCAACGGGUAACAAAUAUACUCAUUAUGCCGAAUUGAAAAAUCUUAUUGCCAAAACUUUGAAUGUCCGUAAAGCUGAUCUCGAUGGAUUCAUAGGUGGAUGA